AUGGGCGAUCCUUCAGUUGCAAAGUCACAAUUCCUACGUUUUGUCCUUCAUAUUGCACAUCGUGCUAUUGCUACAACUGGUCGCGGCUCAUCAGGAGUUGGUCUGACUGCUGCUGUUACAACCGAUAUGGAGACUGGUGAACGUUCACUAGAGGCUGGUGCUAUGGUAUUAGCUGAUCGAGGUAUAGUUUGCAUAGAUGAAUUUGACAAAAUGUCCGAUAUUGAUCGAACUGCUAUUCACGAAGUAAUGGAACAAGGCCGUGUGACUAUCUCCAAAGCUGGUAUCCAGGCGAAAUUGAAUGCUAGAUGUUCAGUUUUAGCUGCAGCAAAUCCUGUUUACGGUAAAUAUGAUCAAUAUAAAACACCUAUGGAAAAUAUUGGUCUCCAAGACUCUCUUUUAUCUCGUUUUGAUUUACUGUUUAUUGUACUGGAUAAAGCUGAUCCGGACUCUGAUCGUGCAAUUGCUGAACAUGUUCUCAAAAUUCAUAGAUAUAGGGGACCAGGGGAACAAGAAGGUGAAGCGUUACAAUUACACUGUGCUACACAUUUACUUACUACAGGAGCUGAUCCACUGACUAUAGUGUCUCAAGAUGAUCAUGAUGAUGAUUUAGAUGGUAAUAGCUCUCGUAGACAAGAAGAAGAUCAAGUCUAUGAACAACAAAAUGAAUUUCUUUUGCCAUCUCGUGGUAGAAAACAAGAUCAAUUAACUAUUAAAUUUCUACAAAAGUACAUUCACGUUGCUCGACAAUUAAAACCACAAUUAACCAAAGAGGCAGCAUCAAUUUUAGCUGAAAAAUACUGUGAUCUACGUGCACAAGAAGCAUCUGAAACUAUGAGUCGACCUAAUCGCGGUGAACAAAAUCGUAUGCGUCGUACUCAACCAAUUACAGCGCGUAGUUUAGAAACUUUAAUACGUUUAUCUACUGCACAUGCUAAAGCACGUAUGUCUAAAACAGUUACUAAGAAAGACGCUGAAGCUGCUGUUCAACUAAUAUCAUUUGUCUUGUUCAAAGAAGUUCUAGAGAAAACUAGACGAAAACGUGAUCGCAACUUAGAUGAUGAUGAUGAUGAUAAAGACUCAGAUGAAGGCGAAAAUGCAGACGGCACUGAACGCAAUCACUCACAACAACCUGCUAAACGAAGACCUGUUGCCACAGGAACUGAUUCCGCUCCGGAUCCAAAUGAUCCUUAUGCAUUUACCGAAGAUCCAACUGUAACUAGAACUGAACCACUUGCGGAAACUGUCCCUAUUUCUUCUGCUUUACACCAAGAACGAACAUCUCAACUUUCAACAAUGAUUAGUCGCGUUUUUCAAGAACGUCGUGUUGAACAAUUAACAGUGACUGAGAUAACUAAUGUUGUUCAAUCACGAGGUGGUGGAUUUAGCCAAUCUGAUGUUCGUAUCACUUUAGAAUCCAUGCAUAAAGAUAAUCGUAUUAUGCUUGCCGGCGACGAUGUUUGGCUUAUAUAG